CUUGGUGUGAGGCGCUGCAACGUGGUGCGUGAGGAGCAAGUCCAAAUAACUCGAGGAAGCAGGUAGUGGAAUAAAUGACUUAGGGAGCUGAAUUUUGUAGAUUAGGAUUUUGUCUACACAACCCACCAUCCUCAAUUCCUCACAGCCAUUACUUCCGUGCAUUGGAAACCUAUCCAUACUUCUUUGUUUCUAUGACGGAUUCUGUGAGGACGAAAUCCACUGAGUAAUCUUGCCAAUAAUGCAGUAUCAAUUGAGACAAGUCAAACUCCACGCUCAUGACAGAUGACAGAGCGGCCCAAGAAGCGAUAAAUACUCCCUGACAGAGUGAGAGUGUGGAGUCUUUUCUUACUUCACUAAGAGUAUAAAACCACUCAUCCCCCCUCUCUGCAAGUGCAGUAAUCAGUUGCAAAACAUUAUUCCAAAAGAAUGGCGUCAACUGCUGGCCAAACCUCCGCUGCUUCCCAGCAAACCCCAACAACCGGUGGGGAUGGAGACAGCAGCAGCUAUCAGCGCUACCAGUCCCUGUACAACGCUGCAUUCUAUGGGGAUUGGGAAAAGGCUAAUGAAUUCUUCGAAACCAACCCCAACCCCAACUCCAUUUCUGAAAAUAUCCCUUGCACAGGGAAGAAUGUUCUUCAUGUUGCAGCCUUGGCCGGAAGAACAGAGUUCGUGAAGAAACUGUUGGACUCGAUGACUGCUGAACAGCUAGGGUUGAAAGACGAUAACAAGUGUACUGCUCUCACUUACGCGGUUAGAAGUGGGAACGUAGAGAUCGCAAAGCUCUUGGUGGGGAAAAACGAUAAUUUGACACAGAUCCAGAAUGAGAAGGGCUGGUUUCCAAUCUUAGAAGCAGCAAUCUUGUGCCAGAAGGGGAUGCUGAACUUUCUUCUUUCAGUAACCAAGGAUGAAGAUGGGGGUCCUUUCCGAGGCAAGAAAGGCGCCUUAAUACUCGUUAAUGCACUUUAUGCUGAUUUCUAUGAUUUUGCAAAGGAGUUGCUUGAUAAGUUCCCCAAACUAGCUACUGAAAGAGAUCCAUAUGGAAAUACUGCAUUUCGUAUUUUGGCCUACAAGCCGGUGGCAUUCAAGAGUGGAAGUAGAUUGGGAUUUUGGCAAAAUUGUAUCUACUCAUGGGUUGAAGUCGAACAAGCUUCCACUUGCUGCUGUACAAAAGGAGAUAUAGAGAAUUCCAUGCAGAGUCCUACAAAUUGCUCAUUCCUUCAAAGCUUGAAGACAUUUCUUCGGCCUGCUGUGAUUUUAAAAGUCCCAUGCAUUAAGCAUGUCCAUGAUAUGAAACUAAUGCAUAUGCAAGUGCAGAAACUUAUCAAUCGCAUCUGUGCUCAAGUGCUACUUCUCAAUGACAAAGAGGAGAUUAAGAAGUUGUUCAUGGAAGUCUUGGUCUCUGCAAAAUUUGGGAUCAUUGAACUCAUUCAAAUUUGUGUUCAGGCAUAUCCUGAGGUGUUGUGGUAUGAAACCGAUGGACGUAAUAUUCUCCAUCUUGCAAUUGAAUAUCGCCAGGAAGAGGUUUUCAACAUUCUACGUGGAUCAGGUGCAUUUUUUAACAUCUUGGCAAAUCCUAGACUGAGGAACCUAAACAGCAUAAUUCAUUUGGCGGCAAAACUGGCACCACCUUCAAAACUCAACUCAGUGUCAGGUGCAGCUCUACAAAUGCAGCGAGAGCUACAGUGGUUUAAGGAAGUAGAGAAGAUUCCAACACCUGGGUACAAUACACGGCCUAAUAACAGUAGCAAAAUAGCUAAAGAUAUGUUUACUGAAGAACACAAGGACUUACUUGAAAAGGCAGAAAAGUGGAUGAAAGACACAGCAGCAUCAUGCAUGGUUGUAGCCACACUCAUUGCAACAGUAGUUUUUACUGCAGCAUUCACAGUUCCAGGUGGAAACAACAGUGAUAGUGGCAACAACUAUGACAAAGGAUCACCCAUCUUCCUUGAAGAAAAAUCAUUCAUGGUUUUUGCCAUAUCAGAUGCAAUAGCACUCUUCUUCUCCACUAGUUCAGUGUUGAUGUUUCUGUCUAUCCUCACAUCACGAUAUGCAGAAGAAGACUUCCUCAAAUCCUUGCCCACGAAGCUGAUAAUUGGACUGGUCACUCUUUUCUUCUCUAUAGCUGCUAUGAUGAUAGCAUUUAGUGCCACAUUUUUCAUCAUUUUUAGUCAUAGAUUUUCCUGGCUUUCCAUUCUUAUUGCUGCAUUAGCCACUUUUCCGGUAACCUUAUUUGCUUUAUCUCAUGCUCGUCUCCUUGCUGAAAUAGUCAUAUCCACCUAUGGAUCAGGCAUCUUUCAACAAAAUAGAUCAAUUUUCCCAUCUUCAAGUGGCCAGGAAAAGGAAAACAUGCACUGAAUGCAUGUUGUAGUUGCCAUCUUCUGAAAAAAGUUGAAUUGAAAUUUCAGUUUCAUUUUGUUCAAUUGGAUUAAAAUGCUUGUUUAUUGAUAAAUACCCUACAAAAUUGAUAACUUUGUUUCA